AUGGAAAACAACUGUACAGUGGGGGACCCUUUGAGUGUGAAUGGAACCAUAGUAAGCUGCCAACGAGGAUUUAAUAACUGCCCCGCCCCCUAUAGAUGUCAGGGUGGGUUUGCUGGGAUACCACAACUGGGGCCCAACGGACAGUGCUGCAAAGAUCUGUUUACAUUACUCUGUGGCCCGUGCAUUAAAUUUCACGAUAUUCACUACAAAUUUGAUGAAAAUGGAAGUUGGUUUAAUUUUAACCUCAGCUUCAAAUGGAAUAAGACAGACUGCAGAGAUUCGGCAUAUCUGCUUAAGUGGGACCCUUUUAUCAGAGUGUUAGUGAGGGGAGCCGACAAUGAAACUGAUGUUGAGAAGUAUUUAUACUGCAGAAGGACUGAGAGACCCUGUGGAAAAUUUUUCUCUAUGAAGAUUCGAUCACAAAAAUAUGAUGUACUGUUUCGUGUCGAGAUUGCUGGUUCUUCAAAUAUCUGCAAAGAUAUUGAAAUUGUUAAAGUAACUCCACCACCUUCAAAAUCAAAAUUCCCCACAACUUUAAUUCCACACAGACCCCGUAUUGAUAUGAGGGUGGUGAUAUUGAGUGUAUUGGGUGUGAUCGUUGCUUCAACGGUCGGUAUUUACUUACUGUGUUGCUGUAUGAGAGGAGAACCUGGUAAUGGGGAGGAAUCCAAUAAUAGAGAACCAUCUGAAGAUAGACCCAUAGUCUUACACGAAGUCCUUGAGCAUUUCGAGUCGGUCGAAGAAAUUUUUGUGGUGUCUCUGUCAGGCGUUGGUCUAACUUUGAUCAGAGAACUAGAAAACCAAACAGGAAUGCAUUUUCUUACCAUAGACCAAUUCCAAGAAGAUAUCUUCCAUAAUUCAAUAGAAUGGAUUGACAACGUGGAAUUAAAAUUUAACACCAUCAUGAUUCUGUUGACAGCAAACCUUGUAAACGAUAAUGAAGACCAUUCUAAUCCUCUAGACGUGAUUUCCAAGCAACUCUUUCGUAAGUUGCGCCAUUCAGCUCUGCUCAAUAAUAGAACACAUUUCUAUGUUUAUUUGGAAUCACCUUCCAUCAUCCAAAGACAUUUUCCCUGUAUCCGUACCAGGCAAAAUAAAUAUGAUUUAUAUCGAGGACAUAUGAAUGAUUGCCAAGAUUUUCUUCACCUUGUAUAUGAUCUGAGAGCUUCGACAAAUAAUGGUAAUGGCUAG